AUGGCAACAGGAGAACAGCAACCAAAUUCCCCACAGGACGAAGCAGAGCAGUUCAGCCCAGGAAGCUGCAAAUGGAAGCUGGGCAGAAGGAAAACGGAGGUUUUGCUCUUUGUGAGUGGAGUGCUGGUGGGCAUCAUCGUCACACUGGUGUUUGGGAUUGCGCCCAAGCAACCGUCGUGCUCACCUCGCUCACACUUCUCCCACGUCUGCCCCAACGCCUGGCUCGGUUUCCAAGGGAAAUGCUAUUAUUUCUCGAACACAGAGAGUGACUGGAACAGCAGCAGGAAGCACUGCCAGCGCCUCGGAGCUUCCCUGGCCACCGUGGACACAGAGGAGGAGAAGGUUGGUUUGCUCAGCAGUAGGGAGCAAUGCACCGGUUUCGGAACCAAUGAGUUCAGCAAAAGGAAUCCAUGAGUGACAGUUCUGAAAUCCUCCACUCCAGCUUUAGUGGGCGUACAGGACUUUGCCCUGGGAAAUAACAGAACACCUCUGUCUUCUGCCCCAAUGGCUUUGCCCCACGAGGAGCACUGCAGUCCCAAUGGAACACUUUUAUCUGUGGCCUCACAACGCGCACAUUUCCUCGGGUUCCACAGGCACUGCUUUAAAAGCAGCUCACUGUGCCAUAAUGAGCACUGGGAGCGUUCUGAGCUGGGAGCAGCGGAUGGCAGUGGGACAUUCUGUGCUGGAGCUGAUGGUGAACCAAGGGGAAGCAGUCGGGGGCACUCGAGCAGCCUGAAUAGCGCUGAGCAUGGCCAGAGGGACAGCAGGACGGUCCGCACGGAGAUCCUGGAGGUCUCCUGAGAGCACUGAGUCUGCAGAAGUGUCUUACAAAGAUCCGCUGACCGGAGAUUGGAAGGGCCCAAGUACUGUCAUACUUGUAGGAAGAGGUUAUUUUUGUCUUUCCACAGAUGAUGGCCCUGCUUGGAUGCCUGCUCGCAGUGUUCGCCCUUGGUGCAGAACCACUGCCUGAGCCGCACCAACUCAACUCGUGGCAAAAUAUGUGGGUCACCUGGGUAAAUCAACAGGCCGGACCGACUUCUGCUUAGCGCUUGCUUCUGCCACUGAUCCCUUCCAAACUUGUUUUAUAGGGAUGUUGUUUCUCAAUGAUUCUGACUUUUCUGCUUACUCCACGGGCAGUUGCAAUGUACUGGAUACUCCAGGUGAUUAACAAUUCAAGCUUCUUAGGAGUUUCAAUACCACCAUACCCUGGGACUUACAGGAGUUAAAUCUUCUUGGAACUCAAAAGAUCGGUAGCACAUCUAAGGGAUGGAAGAAAACGUGUUUUAUGUUUGGAAAUACCAGGAAAUGCCUUUGGAGGUCCAUGUUACAUUGGUAAAUUCACAGUAUUUUCUAUCACUUUCCAGGACAUGCGUGACAUCCACUCUAAACGUAGCGCUCGGGUAGCAUUAGCUGUCCUUAUACCAGGGGCUGCUGCUGGGAAUAGGUAUUACAGCUAUUAGUAUAGUUAUCCGUAUUGUAAGAUGCUCACUUAACAAAAUGUCCACUACUGUCUUGCUUGUGCAAAAGGAAAAGGGGGAAUGGUUGUGCGUACUGCCAUUGCAGCUCACGGAACCACGAAAAGAACGGUGUCAGGAUGUGAAACGAUGAGAAAGACUGAAACCAGCCUUGAAACGACCAUGAACUCAUAAUGAUUGGGACUGUGUGCUUCUUAUUUGGU